UGACGAGGCAGCGGCGGUCCCGGUCGGUGGUGGAUGCCGAGCGGUGCGUGCCUGCAUCCCAGCAGUGUUUCCCUCCAGCCCCGCCGCCUCCUGUUGUCUCCUUUCCCUUCCCCUCCCUGCCUGAAGUUGUUUUUUUCCAGGCAGGAAGAGCUGGAGGCUCUGCAGGCCGCUGAGGGUAGAUGGAGCUGUGCCCAUGUCCCCUGUCUGCUGGGGACCAAAGCUGGGGGUGCUGCCAAGACCGAGAACGACAGGCGGCUGAGCGUGCAGUACAAACCUGGCGAUGAGUGCCCCGACAACGUCUUCUUCCCCAGCACGCGGCCCCCGCACCUGGAGGAGCUGCACAACCAGGCCCGCGAGGGGCUCAAAUCCCUGCAGCACCAAGAGAAGCAGAAGCAGACCAAAAGUGCCUGGGACCAAGGGGACACCAACAGCCUCCAGUCCUGUGCGUUGUCGGAGGAUGACAGUGUGUCCUUACGGAGCCGGGCAGCCUCCUGCAUCACCGACAGCGCCUCUGAGGACGCCCUCUCCAUCCGCUCCGAGAUGAUCCAGCGGAAAGGUUCCACAUUCCGACCACACGAUUCCUUCUCCAAAUCUUCAGAGAAGGCUGGCAGGAAGAGGAAGGAGCGGAGGACAACAGUGCUGGGCAUCCCCCAGCACGUCCAGAAGGAGCUGGGUCUCAGGAACAGCCGAGAGAUCAGGGAACGUCCCACAGAUGGGCACGUGGGCAGCCGGGCACCGCAACCCCUGCUGAAUGGCGGCCAAGUCUCCGGUGAGGCCAUCCGUAUUCCCACCAUCGAUGGGAACCUGCCACCACUGGACGUUCCCGGGGGUGCCCGUGUGCGCCUGGGAGCCUUGGAGGAAACAGACACGGCUCUGCAGAAGCACAUUGACCGGGUUUACUAUGACGACACGUUGCUGGGGAGGAAAACGUCGGCCAAGCUGUCGCCCAUGGUGAGGCCGAAGUCUCUGGCCGUGCCAGGCAUGACCACCAGCGCCAACCCCCCGGAUCUGCUGAGCCCCGUCAUGUCCAUCUCACCCCAGGGCACCUACAUGUCCAAGAUCAUCCCCAACGCCAUCCUGCCGCCUAUGGUGGACGUGGUGGCCCUGACGAGGAGCAGCGUGCGGACGCUGAGCCGCUGCAGCCUGGUGUCGUCCAGCCCGGCCUCGGUGCGCUCUCUCGCCCGCUUCUCAGAGCACAGCACCCGCAGCCGUGAGCCCUCCUCCUCCAGCGACAACUGGAGCCACUCGCAGUCCACAGAGACCAUUGUCUCCAACAGCUCCACCAUCUCCUCGCAGGGCGGCUCUGACCGCCGGCAGGCCGAGGCUGGGCUGUGCAGCGAAGCCGACACCGCGCGACGCUCCGACAACGAUCAGAUCAGCGUGUACAGCUCUGCCAGCUUUGCCAGCGCCUGCUCCAAGCCUGCCGUGGCUGCAGUGCACACAGCGCACGGGCUGCUGGCCGUGGGGCCCCGCAGUGUGGGCAGCAGCGGCCGCACAUCCCCCGCCUUCAGCACCAGCAGCCAGGCUGAGGGCUCGGACACGGGCAGCCUGGCGAGUGAGCGCUCCUCGGCACGCAGCGUCUCCCUCAGGAAGAUGAAGAAGCCCCCGGCACCCCCUCGCAGGACAUUCUCGCUGUACCAAAAGGCGGAGGGGGAGCACAAGGUGCUGGGGCUGCCCCCCAAGCCCAACCGGCGGCCGCAGCAGGCGAGUGAUGUGCCCUGGUCCCCGCACCCUGAGCCCUUCAGCCCGACGGUUGAGGAUGAGGUCUUCUCCUCAUCGCUGAGUGAGACCAGCAGCAUCCGCUCUGAGAGCUUGGCUGGGACCAACUCCCCCAAGACCUCACGGGGCAGCCCUGGUGAGCGGGGAAUAACGGUGGUGCUGAGGGAACCCUCAGCUCAGCCCAAGUGGAGCUGCCCAGAUGGCUCUGACCGCACCAUGUCACCCUCCAGCGGAUAUUCCAGCCAGAGCGGGACGCCCACGCUGCCUACCAAGGGGCUGGGACCCCCGGCCGCAUCCCCAGGCAGGGUCCAGCCCCAGAAGCCCGACCGGGUCUGCUCCUUACAGUCCCCCGCGCUGUCCGUCUCCUCCUCCCUCACCUCUAUCUCCUCCUCUGCCUCAGACCCAGUGCCCUCUGAGACACCGCACUGCGCUCAAAGCCGUUCGGAUAGGUUUGUCAUCCCGCCGCAUCCCAAGGUGCCCGCUCCCUUCUCCCCUCCGCCCACCAAGCCCCAGACACCUACUGCCCCCGCCGGCCCUCUCACCCCUUCACUGGACCCGUCGGUGCCCAGUGCCGCAGGGCAGGAGCCCUCCACCAAACCUGGCACCAAAUCACCACCGCCAUCACCACCACCUGCCUACCACCCGCCUCCUCCACCGGCCAAGAAGGCAGAGGUGAGCCCCGAGACUGCCUGUGAGGCCCCCGCGGAGGCUACCUGGCCCCCACCGCCCCCCCCCGCCCCCGGGGGGCCCGACCUGUCCAUGGCAGACUUUCCCCCUCCAGACGAAGCCUGUUUCUCCAGCCUGCCCCCGCCUGAUGCCGUGCUGACCCCAGCAGCAGGGCAGAACCACGCGCCGAGCACAGCCGCAUCUUCCUCCUCCUCAACCACCACCUCCUCGAGCGUCCAGCAGCAGGGCUCACCGCCAUCCCCCACCACGCCACUUCCCGGAGCCACCGCGCCACCACCCACGGCCACCGUGCCCCCACCGCCACCUCUGCCGCCGCCAUCAGCUCCUGCUUUACCGCCCCAGAUCUGCCUUAAGAAGGCGGCGAACGGCUCCCGGGCAGACAGCAAGAAGGAGCCAGCAUCGCGCAGCAAGAGCGGCCCGGUGCCCAAGGAGGACGCCAGCCUGCCCAUCGUCACGCCCUCGCUGCUGCAGAUGGUGCGGCUGCGCUCCGUCAGCGUGGAGCCGCCCGCCGUGGCCGAGGAGCGCGCGGUGCCGCAGAAGCCCAUCCGCCGGGCCCUGUCCACACGGCAGCCCAAUCCUGCCAAAGAUGCGGUGCCUUCAAACCCGCUCCAUGCUGCUGUGCACCUCAAGGCCUCCGCUGCGUCCUCCGGUGAGGCUUCUGGGCUGGCCGCAAAACCCCUGGGCGGCAAAGCGGCUCCUCCUGGCCUGGAGGCGCCUGCCGGCGAUGGGCAGCUGUCCCCCAGGCACAAAUCCCCCACCUCCACCGCCAGCUUCAUCUUUGCCAAAAGCACCAAGAAGCUGGUGAUCGAGACACCCUCAUCCCCUGAGGCACAGGCCGACCUGAAGAGGAAUUUGGUCACCGAGCUGAUGAAUUUCUCCGGGCAGCGCUCGGCAGCCCCGGCUGCUGCCCAGCAGGGCCCAGGCAAGGCACCGGUGCACCGAAAGCCUGGCAAAGUGCCCCCUCCUGUCGCCAAGAAGCCUUCGCUCGGCCUCGGGCCGUCUCCAUCACCCCUGAGCCCAAAGGCACCGGAGGCGCUGGGCUCCCCUGCGCCAGAUGAGAAAGUCAAGGCAGUGGCAGUGGAGGAGGAGAGCAGAACCAACAGUGAGCCGGUGGGAAUGGCUGAGGGCAGAAGCGCCGCGGUUGCAGAGCCGCCAGCACAAGACGGACAGGGAGAGACGGCCUGAAGGACGGAGCUGCAGGACUGGUGCCCCCGCGGACAGGAAUCCAAAUCUCUCAGGGACCUGGGCAGGUCAACGGAUGAGUGUGGAACUGGCAACUAACUUAACACAGGAAGCAAACAGCCUUAGCCUCCAUGGCCUUGAUGAUAUUUAUGCAAAAAUGGUGUUGGUUUCACUUUCCUAAGUACUACAGCUUUAUUUUGCAUUAUUUUUUUUACUGGACUCGAGGCCCGCGCCCAGAGCCAGCGCUCCUCCCUGCUGCGCUGCCGCGUGGUUUGCGCGUGUGAGCAGAGCAGCUGCGCAGAGAGGAGGGCGAGGGGCUGCGAGGACAGCGCUGGAUCCAACCUGCUCCCGGCCAGCCGGGCCUGUACAGAAUCAAAGCACUUUGGACAAAGAACUGGAAGGCUUCGGCCGCCCCUGGGAGGACUUGGGCAGCAGCAGCAGCAGCAACGUGAGACGGAGCCCUGGAUGGAGCGGAGCGGCGCUGCAGCCCUGGAGAAAAGCACGAGGCGUCUCUGGGCCGGCGCCGCUCCACGGCUGCGGCUCACGGCGCUGCUGGGCCCGGCCGGCUGGGAGCCGCGCGGCUCGGCAGGAGCCCUGUGAGCUGCCGCCCUGGGCUGUGGGGUGGAGCCUUGAUUUCUGUUUCUGUAAACUUUGGUCACAUUUUGAUUUCUUUGAUUGUAAGAAAAAAAAAAAAACAACAAAAGAACCAAAACCAAACAACCCUCUGCCGCCAAGUAGCCCCUCAGAGCUCUGUACCUGGCUGGUAAAGAUGCUGACUGAA